GUCUUGUCACAAAUGAUGUCUGCUAAUACAAUUACCCGAUCGAUCGAGAUCGGACUUCGGAUCGUCGGCAUCUGGCCAGGCGCGACCUAUGCGAUCGUCAGUCGAUUUUUCUGGACCACGACGAUGAUAGCCGCACAGAUCUUUCAAUAUCGCCACAUGGCGAUGCAUCUUAAUUCCGAAGACAUCUCGCAGCUGAUGGAUGGUCUAAGCGCGACGCUGUCAUAUAGUUUGUUAUGUGUCAAGUUGAUUGUUUUCUGGACAAAGCAACGAAUAUUCGAGGACGUGUUAGCGAGCAUCGCGACGGACUGGAAGGAAUGCGGGGAUGCGUUGUACAGCAUGAAUAACGUGGCUAAUCUCUCGCAUCGUUUCUCCAAUUUGAUCAUCGGCUUGCACUCAACGGCCGUGCUGUUUUAUGGCAUUGGCGUCGUCGCCCUGCGCAGCGACGAUGUCGUCGACGCUGCCGAUCGUGAACUUUUUCUCAAAAUGGAGUUACCCUUCGAGAGUGGCACGUCGCCAAUUUACGAGGUCGUCAUGACCACGCAAUUCCUGCAUCAAAUGACGGCCGCCACCGUGAUCGGCGUGCUCAGCGCAUUGCUCGUUACACUGGUGCUUCAUGUAGGUGGUCAAAUAGACAUUUUGCGUGAAAAAUUAUUGGACAUUUUACCAAAGGAAAAGACAUCAUCUGUCUCCAUGAUUACGAUAAGCUCCAUAAUUCGAAAACACCAGAACAUCAUUGUUUUCACCGGAAAAAUUGAGGAUCUAUACUCAUACAUUGCGCUAGCCCAAUUCAUAUCAAACACCAUCGUUAUAUGUUGCUUGGGCUUUAUCAUCGUAAACUCGAUCGGCGCCAAUGAAGGUUCCUCUAUGUUAGUGAGAUCCCUUUUAUUUUACGUCGUCAUUAAUUUAGAAGCGUUUAUCUUUUGUUUUGCUGGCGAAUACUUAAGUAUCAAGAGCAAGAUGAUCGGCGACGCGGCGUAUGAGUCUCUAUGGUAUGAUUUGACUCCCAGCGAAAAUCGAAUCCUUCUAUUCCUGAUAAUGAGGUCACAAAAACAACUGACUAUCACCGUCGGCAAGUUCAUGAAUCUCUCUUUACAACAGUUCGCGAACGUAAGUUUUACAUCAUUAAAUCAUCAGCGUCAUAUGUGUCUGUGUUACACGCGUUGUAAAGAUGUAAUUAUAACGGAGGCAGCGCGAUUUUCCGGGGAAAGCUGCGCCAGUGGUGGCAGUUACGGUGGCGGCGGCGACGAUGGUGAUGGUAGUGGCGGUGGUGGCGGCGGCGGCGACGACGGUGGUGGUGGUGGUGGUGACGGUGGUGGAAGCGGCGACGACGACUUCCCCGGGCCGAGCGAAUUGGUUUCCAUGGAAACCAUCCCGAAGCCAAUCCGGGGUGCAUUCGUCGAAUGCUUGGCUGCACCUCGCCAAUUUCGACAUGAUUUACAUUCGAAUCGCGAGCAAUUCGACCUCGGCUACGAAGUGCACUUAUUAAGUGUAAGCACCGGCUGUGAAAGAGACUUUAGUCCCCACGUUAAACGCGAUGAUAACGAAACUUGGACAUCUUCGGUCGUUCGAGCAGCCACCAAGGGUCAGGGUAGUUAA